AUGGCCCAGCAUCACCCUUCGCCGCCUAUGCAAAUGCAGAUGCAACAUGGCCCUCCCGGGCCCGCGCCCCCUCCGGCCCCCCCUCCGCCAGGCACCUAUGCGCCGUCGCGCCAGAUCUCGGCCAUGAACGAGACUGUUUGGAUGCAAAUUGGCUCCUUCUCUGAGCUCCUGGGCAGCACGGAGGAUGCCAUGAUCGCAUACGACCGCGCUCUGCAGUCGAACCCCCAGUCCAUCCCUGCGAUGAACGCCAUCAGCCUCAUUCUCCGCUCGCGCGAGGAAUUCCCCAAGGCCAUUGAGUAUCUGCAGACGAUCCUGAAGCUGGACCAGAACAACGGCGAAGUCUGGGGCAGCCUUGGCCACUGCUACCUGAUGAUGGACGAUCUGCAGCAGGCCUAUGCUGCGUACCAGUCCGCCCUCGUCAACCUUCGCAACCCGAAGGAGCCUAAGCUUUGGUACGGCAUUGGCAUCCUGUACGACCGCUACGGCUCUCUCGAUCAUGCCGAGGAGGCUUUCUCGCAGGUCAUGUCCAUGCAGCCCGACUUUGAAAAGGCCAACGAGAUUUACUUCCGCCUUGGUAUCAUAUACAAGCAGCAACAAAAGUACAACCAGAGUCUGGAUUGCUUCAAGUAUAUCGUCACGUCGCCACCGCCGCCUCUGACAGAGGAGGACAUUUGGUUCCAAAUCGGCCAUGUGUACGAGCAGCAGAAAGACUUUGACAACGCCAAGGGCGCGUACCAGCGUGUCCUCGAGCGCGACCCGAACCAUGCCAAGGUUCUCCAGCAGCUCGGCUGGCUGUACCACAACCAGAGCAGCAACUUUGCGAGCCAAGACCGCGCGAUCGAGUACCUCGAGAAGUCCGUUGCAGCCGAUAACAACGAUGCGCAGAGCUGGUACCUCCUCGGUCGGUGCUACAUGUCGCAGCAAAAGUACCCCAAGGCCUAUGAAGCCUACCAGCAGGCGGUCUACCGGGAGGGCCGCAACCCUACCUUCUGGUGCUCCAUCGGUGUGCUCUACUACCAGAUCAACCAGUACCGCGAUGCACUGGAUGCCUACUCCCGUGCCAUUCGUCUCAAUCCCUUCAUCUCGGAGGUGUGGUAUGACCUAGGCACACUCUACGAGUCUUGCAACAAUCAGAUCAGCGAUGCACUGGAUGCCUACCAACGGGCGGCCGAGCUCGACCCCAACAACCCGCACAUCAAGGCUCGCCUGCAGCUGCUGCGCAGCGGCUCCACGAACGGUGUAGGCAGCGCGCCCAUGCCCACGGACGUCCACCCGCAUGCUUACCAGACAAAUGCUGUUGGCCCUCCGGGCCCUCAGUGGGCUGGUUCUGCGCCCCAGCAGCCCGCACCAACGAACGGCCCGCCCCCGCCACCGGGGCCUGGCUCGAACGGAUGGGGCCGUCUGUCGGAGAUGAAUCCUCCCCCGCAGCCGCCCAACCCCUUCGACCAGCGAGAGCCGUACCGGGGCCCUGCUCCUCCCGCGCCAGCUCGCGGAAGCCCACGCCAGGAGCAGCAACUCCGCCCGUACCCUGAGCAAGGACGUCCUGGCCCUGGUCCUGGGCCCAGCGGCCCUGCUGGCCCGAGCCCCAUGGGCGGUCCCAACUCUCUACCGCCCGGUGGUCCUCUCAGACGCUCUCCUCCCCCGCCCAACCAUUACGGCCCGCCGCCGCCGGGACAGCAGCAGCAGCAGCCACCACCGCCACCACCUUCCCAGCAGCCCCAGACGCGUGUCCAGAAUCCGAACUACGUCGGCCCUGCACCCAUGCCGUCGAGCAACGGAAUUAACGGCCCUCCCCCGCCGCAUGGGUCUGGUAACCCUAGUCCGAUGAUGUACCGCGCGUCGAGCCCGCCGCGAAAUGAUGGCCCCCGUCCCGUGCACGACAACCGCAUGCCGUCGCCGAAGUCGGCCUACCCGCAGCACCAGUCACCGUACCCACCACAUCCUGAAUCCAAUGGCCAGGGGCCGAUCGAGAACGGCCCGCCACCACCGCCUCCCCCGCCGCAGUCCUCGAUUCCUCCCGAGCCGGGUAUGCACCGCGACGACCGGCCACCGUCGGUUGGUCCGAAGCGCAUGCGGGAGUGGGACGAUCCCGAGUCGUCGGCCAAGAAGCCAGCGUCGGAAGAGGCACGUGCCCGGAUGGAUGAUAUCCGCCACCGUCGGCCUUCUACGCCACCCCACGAACCCUACCGCCGCAAUUCGUCCGAGGCCCGCCGCCAGGACGACCCGCGCCGUGGAGACGAUAUCCGCCGGCCGGACGAUCAGCAGCAGCCGCCGCCGCCGCGGGACAGCUACCACCCAUCUGAGGCGGCCCACCACCAGCCCGCGCACAAUAAUGUGUCCAGCCACCUCCCACCGAUGCAGUCGGCCAGCGGCCCCGCCGGUCACCUGCAGCAGCACGACGGCCCUCUGUCUGGUCCUGACCCCAAGGACUACCCCCAAGAAGACCGUAAGCGCCUGGACCAUGCACCCCCGCCGCCGCCGCCCGCGCCGCCUGCCAAUGAGCCUGAGCGUGCCGCGCGCAAGGUGGACGUGGACGAGGACUACGACGACAGCGGUGAGGAUGACAAGAAGGCCGCCCCUAACCCUCCUGCUGCUUCUGCUACUUCUGCUGCUGGCUCGGCCGGCCCUCCCUCAACCUCGGCCGGCGAUCUUAAGGCGACUACGACCCCCACGGGUUCCAGCAUUAACGGGAUCAUUGCCAAAACCGAGUCGUCCUAG